AUGUCAUCGGCUAAAGUACAUCCAAAGAACAAGAUGGAUACAGUCGUAGAUGUUCCUUUUAGGCUUCUUAACAGAAAGGCACACAUUAAUUCAAUUGAAUCCUACAGGGCAAUGCAUACCAGAUCUAUUAAAGACCCAGAAAAGUUUUGGGGUGAAGUAGCCAGUGAAUUUUAUUGGAACAUUAGCUGGAAAAGAGUUUUAAGUUAUAAUUUUAAUGUGAGAAAUGGGCCCAUUUUUAUAAAAUGGUUUGAGGGCGGUAAAACAAAUAUAUGCUACAAUGCACUAGAUAGGCAUAUUCAAGAGGGUAAGGGUGAAAGGGUGGUUUUUUACUUUGAAGGAAAUGAGCCCAAUACCUUUACUUCAUACACAUAUCGGUUGCUUCUUCAAAAGGUGUGCAAAUUUUCGAAUGCCCUUUUAAAAAUUGGCGUUAAAAAAGGGGACCGUGUAAUCAUAUAUAUGCCAAUGAUUAUUGAACUCAUAAUUGCUGUACUUGGCUGCGCACGCAUCGGUGCCGUGCACUCGGUGGUGUUUGGAGGUUUUUCUUCUGAAGCACUCGCCAUUAGAAUAGUAGACGCAGGAGCAGAAUGCAUAAUAACUGCUGAUGGGAUUCUUCGCGGGCCUAAACAAAUCCCACUCAUCCCUAUAGUCCAAAAAGCUAUAGGGAUUUGCAAGGAUAACAACUUAGUUGUGAGUAAAGUAAUAUUAAAAAACUGGGUUGGUUUUAAAGCAGAAGAUGAAAAGUUUAUAAGCUGGGAUAACUUAGUCGACACCUGUAAAAGUGAGUGCUCUGUUGAGUGGCUGGAUUCUGAAGAUCCUUUAUUUCUCCUAUAUACUAGCGGCUCGACAGGCACUCCUAAAGGAGUUCUCCAUUCUAUUGCAGGAUACAUGGUUUACGCUUCUUUAACCCACCGUUAUGCUUUUGACUAUCAUGAAGGAGACGUGUUCUGGUGCACGGCAGACAUAGGUUGGAUCACAGGCCACACCUAUACGAUUUACGGCCCUUUGCUCAACGGGGCUACUUCCAUUCUCUUUGAAGGGAUCCCAACUUAUCCAGACGGGGGAAGAUUUUGGAGCAUUUGUGAGAAGUACGCAGUAACGCAAUUUUAUACUGCGCCGACGGCCAUCCGAAGUCUGAUGGGGCUAGACAGUCAUUUUCUUGAAAAGCACGAUCUUUCCUCACUAAGAGUCCUUGGCACAGUAGGCGAGUCGAUUAACUCGGAGGCUUGGCUUUGGUACUACAAAGCUGUGGGAAAGCAGAAGUGCGCAGUAGUCGAUACCUACUGGCAAACGGAAACUGGAGGGCUCAUGGUCUCGCCGCUUCCUGGAGCAGCACCCGCUAAACCAGGCAGUUGCGCACUGCCUUUUUUCGGUGUGCAAGUGCAAGUCCUUAAUCCCGAUGGAACACCCGCAGCCGCAGGGCAGGAAGGCUGCAUCGUUUUCGAUAGGCCGUGGCCUGGAAUUAUGCGCACAAUCUUUAAAGAUCAUAACCGCUUUGAGAAGUCGUACUUUAGUGUGUUUCCGGGUCACUAUACGGCUGGAGAUAGCGGUUUUUUCGAUGAGGACGGAUAUCUAUGGGUCGUUGGGCGUAUAGAUGACGUCAUGUCCGUCUCUGGCCACAGAAUAGGAGCUUCAGAAGUGGAGAAUGCCAUUGCAUUAAACAAAGACAUCGCGGAGGUGGCCGCUGUAGGGAUCGACCAUGAAGUCAAGGGGCAGAGCAUCUGGGUGUUUUGCGUACUUCGCCCUCAAGGAACCCUCAACGAAGAGCUUACUAAUGACCUGAAGCUUAAAGUACGCCAGCAAGUCGGUGCUUUUGCUACUCCUGAAAGAAUCGUGGUGGUAGAGAGCCUACCCAAAACCCGCUCUGGAAAGAUAAUGCGACGACUGCUAAGAGAUAUAUUCAGCAGGGUGAAAAAACAGAAGCUCGGAGACUGCUCUACAGUGUCUGAGCCGCAAGUCAUUAAAAAUUUGGUUAAACAGGCAAUGACCUUGCAGCUUUAGUUCCGAGGAACUAAUUUAUUUACAGCGGAA